AAAAGGAGCGCGCAUGUCCUUGAGUCCUUUUUAUUGAAUAACGUCAAAUCGCAUGGUCUUGUAAAAGCGCGACCGCCCCCCCCCCCCAAAAAAUGGAUGCCUUCAAGCUCUUGACAAGAGCCACCAAAUUGAAGACCGGUACCGCUAGUAGUACCCUCUCUUCAUCAACUUUGCCAUCUAAAGGCAAGGCGCAGACCCCCCAGCUCUUCCACGCCUCGGAGGCCGAGGAACUGCUGCGGAAGAAUGGUGGCGUCAGCGCCAACAAAAAGCGCAAGAGAACCCAUGCGCCGGCCGAGGCGUCGGAUUCGGAGAAUGAUGAUGACGACUUGCCGGGGUUAGACUUCUUCGGCGCGGGCAAAAGCUCUGCCUCGACGGCUAAGAAGGAGCGGGCUGCGGCGGCGAAGGAGCAGGAGGAAGUGGAGUCGGAAGAGGAAGAGGGCGAGUCGAUGGGUGAAGUACAGCGGCGCACGAUCUUGAACACCCACAAGAUCAAGGUCACGGAUAUGCGUGACCUGGAGGAGGUGCAGCAAGUGGCGGCGGCAGUGCCGCCGGCGGAGGGUGACGAGUCCAAUAAGAAGAAAAAGAAGAAGAGAAAGCAAGAAAAAGAGAAUUCCUCGUCGGCUCAACCGCUCACGAAGAAGGAGCUGAAGAAGGCACGCCAGUUGUUCCCGCAGCCUUUGGUCUCGUUCAAGGAGCUGCGCACCAGGUACAACAUCUCGCGCCGGCUGGCGGAGAACAUCGCCGAGCAAGGGUUCACGGUCCCCACGGAGGUUCAGUUGGGGAGCUUGCCUCUGUUGCUAGGGGAUCAGUCGGUUGCCCAGAAGGCGGGUACGACGGGCACUGUCGAGCCUGAUCUUCUGGUGGUGGCGCCGACGGGCAGUGGUAAGACACUGUCUUUCAUGAUCCCCGUCGUUAACAAGAUUGUCCGACACCAUCACCAGCAACAGGAGGAGCGUGGUAUCUUCGCUGUUGUUGUUGCUCCGACGAAGGAGCUUGCCAGUCAGAUCGUCAAUGAAGGACGGAAACUGGCGCUCGGAACUGGUGUCAAGAUUACUCUGAUGAAGAAGGGCAUGCGCGUUGUCGAACGCGACGAUGAGGGUGACGAUGCUAAGGGUGUUCUGGAUGAGCAGAGUGAGGAGGAAUCUUCUGGAUCCGAGGACGAGGAGCAAGAGACGGAGAAGAGCAGCAAGGGGAAAGCCCCCGUUACCAAGAGUGACAUCCUCGUCACGACGCCAUUGAUGUUGGUCAAUGCCCUCUCUGCAAACAAGACAAAACCUUUGGCGACCUUGCCUCUGGUAAGGAACAUUGUCCUGGAUGAAGCCGAUGUUCUGUUGGACCCUCUGUUCCGCGAGCAAACGCUCGAUAUCUGGCGAGCAUGCACGCACCCUGAACUUCGGGCAAGCUUGUGGUCAGCUACCAUGGGCUCUAACAUCGAAGACCUGGCCAAAUCUACUAUUAAGGAGCGCAAAGACAUGUUGAGCACGACCAAGUCUUAUCCCCUCCUCCGUCUCGUUGUGGGACUGAAGGACUCCGCUAUUCCGAAUAUCAAACACAAGCUGGUCUACGCCGCAACAGAGCAAGGAAAGCUGCUGGGACUCAGACAACUCCUCCACCCUGCGGCAGCAGCGGCUUCAGAUGUUCGUCUUCGACCUCCCUUCCUCAUUUUCACCCAGACCAUUCCUCGUGCCAUUGCCCUCCACUCCGAACUGCGCUACGACAUUCCUGCUGAAGCCGGUGGUUCCUCGCGCAUUGCCGUUCUUCACUCCGACCUGUCCGACAACCAGCGGUCCGACAUCAUGAGACUGUUCCGCAAGGGCGAGAUCUGGAUUCUUGUUACGACCGAUCUGCUAGCUCGUGGUGUUGACUUCCGAGGCAUCAAUGGGGUGGUCAACUACGAUAUCCCCAAUUCCGCCGCCGUUUACGUCCACCGUGUCGGACGUACUGGCAGAGCGGGCCGUGAAGGUGGCAUCGCCGUGACAUAUUACACCAAGGAAGAUAUUCCCUAUGUCAAGAGCAUCGCCAACGUCAUCGACGUCAGUGAGAAACUACGGGGCACCACAGAGGAGAAGUCUGUACAAAAGUGGUUGCUCGACGCUCUCCCCGACCUCAGCAAGAAGAGCAAGCAAGAGCUUAAGAAGCACGGUGUCAAGGCCCGACAAUCCAAGAAGGACGGCAAAGAGGACAAGAAGACGAGAAUCAGCACUAAGAGUGGUUACGAACGACGGAUGGAGAACAAGAGAAAGGGCGCGAUCGAAGCCAGUCGGACCAGGAAGUCCGACUCACGACCGGCCGCUGCAGAUGCUGCUGCCAGCGACAACGAGGCCUGGGAUGGUCUCGACGACUAGUCGGCAUGUUCCUGUACCAAAAGCAAAAUUUUCACAAAUCAAACUAGUACUCACUUACGAUUCCCCCCACCUCGCGAAACACCCUUACCGCAACGUUGGCCUCUUAGAUAUUCAUGUAUUAUUGUUUUUAUUCUUAUCGUCAGGCUGCUCGAUCAAAUUCCUCUUCAGCCGUAGCA